AUGCAGCUUCCCCCAGCGCUGUGCGCCCGCCUGGCUGGGGGCUCCGCGGCGGCCGAGCCGCUGCCAGUGGAGCGGGACCCCGCAGCCAGGGCCACGCCCUUCCGCUUCGCUGCGCGCUUGGUACGGUUCCCGCGGGAACACGAGUUUUUCGAGGACGGGGACGUACAGCGUCAUCUCUAUCUCCGGGAUGUGCUCUCUCAAGUGGCUGAGGCGCCAGAGAGGCCUAGGGUGCCCGAGUUCACCUGUCAGGUGGCAGGGUGCUGCCAGGUGUUCGACGCCCUACAUGACUACGAGCACCACUACCACACGCUGCACGGAAACGUCUGCUCCUUCUGCAGGCGGGCCUUUCCCUCAGGACAUCUGCUGGAUGCACACAUCCUGGAGUGGCACGAUUCCCUCUUCCAGAUCUUGUCGGAGCGGCAGGACAUGUACCAGUGCUUGGUGGAAGGCUGCACAGAGAAGUUCAAGACCAGCAAAGCCCGGAAGGAUCACCUGGUAAAGCUUCACUUGUAUCCCGCGGAUUUCCGGUUUGAUAAGCCACAGAAAGGCAGAGGCCCAGCCAUGCUUAGGGGCAGCGAGAAUGCGGCAGCAGAAGCCCUCAGGGACGACAGGGAGCAGUCAGAAGGGGAAGCCAUGGAAGUCUGCUGUGAACCUGCAGACCCCUCCCCAGCACGUGAGGGUGGCAGGUGGACCUACAGUCAUAGAAUACCUGCUACCAUCUGUUUUGGUCAGGGUGCAUCUCGAGGAUUUAAAAGUCCCAAGAAAAAAAACAAACACCACUGAUGAUUUCAGAUAGAGAACCAGGCAUCUGAGCAGACUCAGAGGUGGCAGGUGGAGGCAGUUGCCUCUUAACUGGUCCGUGUCAGUAGCAGGCCUUUCUCUGACACUCUGGUGUGGCCAGCCCAGGGACAGACCUUUGCUGUCCUCCAUAUCUCUGUUCCCACGUGAAUUUAGCUGUUACCAGAACCAGUGAGGGACCUGCAGAUGCUGGGAACACUUACGACAUGCUGUGGGGAAUGAGAUGUGAAUGGCUUCCUGCCCUAUGCAGGGCCCAGCCUUAGAAUAUCCUUUUUAAACACAUGAAAUAAAUAUUUUUUAUUGAUGAUCUUGAGUCUUAAUUUCUUUUUUUUGUUUUUAGAGAGUCUCACUUUAUCAUCCUUGGUAGAGUACUGUGGCGUCAUGCCUCACAGCAACCUCUAGCUCUUGGGCUUAGAUGAUUCUCUUGCCUCGGCCUCCCUAGUAGCCGGGACUGCAGGUGCCUGCCACUAUGCCUGGCUAUUUUUUUGUUGCAGUUUGGCCGGGGCCAGGUUUGAACCCACCGCCCUCGGUAUAUGGGGUCAGUGUCCUACUCACUGAGCCACUAGCGCCACCCGAGUCUUCAUUUCUGUGUUGAACUAGAUAGGGGAGUGAGCGAUUAUUAUCUGUGACUAUUUUUUUUUCCAGCCUUCAAUUUUCAGGGAGAUUCUGGAACCACAGAGCCCUUAGUGGUGGGCGACCAGGAAGAGUACACACCGUGCCAAGUCCCUGCCUGUGCCAUCCCUGAGAGAGCAUAGGGGAAAUUGAGCCCUGAUCUUUAGCAUAAGACUUCCCUCCUGCUUGAGAGACCUAAAGAAUCAUGAGAAUGACACAUGGGUUGUAUACAUGCAGGAGAUCAGAAAACUGACCUCCAAGAGAGAAUGUAUAUGUAAGGUGUGCCAAUACCAAGCCUCAUUUAAGGUAAAGAUUCUCUAGGUUCCAAAAGUCUCUUGAUGCUAGAGGCAGAGAUUGUGCUCAAGGUCUUCAGUUUUGCAAAAACAAAGUUGGAGACCUUCUAUCUGACUUUCUCCAUGUCCUCCCUAAUCAAUGCUGAUGUCUACAAGUAGCUUUUAUCUAUUUUUUUUUUCCUUUUUUUUUGAGACAGAGCCUCAAGCUGUUGCCUGUGUAGGAUGCUGUGGUAUUAUAGCUCACAGCAAUCUCCAACUCCUGGGCUCAAGCGAGUCUC